GGCGUGAUUGCUCAAUGCACUCUCGUUUCAGUGUCUGGUUCUCACCGGACCAGCCGGCCGUUGGAAUCAUUUCCCCGUGAUGCUGGGUUCUGUCACAAUUGAGCAACCCUGGUGCGACCAAACCAUUUUUAGGAAAUUGGACGUUGGAACGCAGGUGUCAUUUGAUCUUUACUUGGAGGGGAGAAAAAGGCCCCGCUGGGAUAUAUACUACCGAUGUCUUUCCCCACGGCCCUUCGUCCUUGACGUUCCUUUUCUUCUCCAGCUUUGCGAACUGACCUGGAGACUGUUCCAGCAGACUGUUGUCUGUGUCCUCUCAUUAAUUCUGCCAUUAAAGUUGCCUGGCAUACUCAGCUCUAUCUCAAUUCCGAACCAGCUGUCGUUCUCUAUCUUGCAAAAUGCUGUCCAAAAAUCUCGCCGUUGCCACGGCCGUGUCGGCACUGAUGCCGUUGGGGUCCGCCUUUGACGCUCAGUCCAAGUCCAAUGUGGCAAUCUACUAUGGUCAAGGGUACGAUCAGCCGCGCCUCAGUCGCUUCUGCGAGGAUCCGGCCCUAGACAUUAUUAACAUUGGCUUCAUCAAUGUGUUUCCCGAUGCGGGAGAUGCGGGCUGGCCAGGGAGUAACUUUGGGAAUCAAUGUAAUGGAGAUUACUACGAGAUUGGUGGGGUCAAGACACAGCUGCUCUCGGGUUGUCACCAGUUGAUCGAAGACAUUCCCAUCUGCCAGCAGGCCGGCAAAAAGGUUCUGCUGUCCCUUGGUGGCGCGUCUCCGGCUGACAAGCAGAGGGUUCUCUCCGACGAGUCAGCCAUUCAAUUCGCCGACUUUCUUUGGGCUGCCUUUGGCCCGCAGACGGAUGCGUGGGUAGAGAUCGGCGGCCCCCGUCCGUUUAGCGACGUCGUGGUGGAUGGGUUUGACUUUGAUAUCGAGCACAACGGCGACUUGGGCUACGACACCAUGGUGAGGCGUUUGCGCGAGCACUACGCUGCAAUCACUGACCGGUCCUUCUACAUCUCCGGGGCCCCUCAAUGUAUCAUUCCGGACGCGCAACUGGGUCGCGCCAUUUCCAACUCCUGGUUUGACUUUAUCUGGGUACAGUUCUACAACACCUGGGGCUGCUCGGCUCGUGACUUCUUCUCCCCUAGUAGCCCGGGAGCUUCGUUCAACUACGAUGCUUGGGUCGAGGUCAUCAAGGACGGGGCGAACCCGUCUGCGAAGCUGUACAUCGGUCUGCUAGGGGGUGACAUCUCGCAGAAUGGCUUCUAUCUUUCUCCUAACGAGGUGAAACCGCUAGUUUCCAGGUACAUGGACCUCUAUCCGGACACCUUUGGUGGUGUGAUGAUCUGGGAGGCAACCUCUUCGGAACUCAACCAGGUCAAUGGGUCCAGUUUCGCCGGUAAUGUCAAGGCGAUCCUCAAUGAACGCGCUUCCACGCCCACACUCCCGUCGUCCAACGCUCCGGUCCCCUUCCCUACUACUUCGAAGACGUCCACCAGCUCGAGGCCCGUGAUUCCCACGGUGACCUCCACCUCCCGAGGGCGUCCGACAGGCACCCCGUCGAGCUCGCGGGCGAUUCCAUCUCGCACCGCCUCGCCGUCGAGCUCGGAGACUCCAACUGCAUCCAGCCAUUCCGUCUCGUUUCUGCACCCGACCAGUGAAUCGUCAACACCGCCUACCACACUGGCGGCUAUAACAUCCGCGCCGGCCACAGUGACCACCGUCAUUGUCACUUCGUACACCACCAUCUGUCCCACGGGAUUUACCACGAUCACCACGACCUACACGACCACCUACUGCCCAGGAACCGUCACAGUCACAGUGACCACCAAGCCUCCCUCGGUGACAGGAUCAACGGCUUCUGUGCCCGAAGGCUGGACAACGACGGUCACAGUCUGCACGCAGUGCGCAGCCACGCCCACCACGGUGACGCUGACCGUGCCCGCUGAAACCACGACGAACCCUCCUGCAAACCCAGUAUCCCAGGUCUCCACGGCUCCCGUGCUCCCAGAGGGAUGGACCACGACGGUAACCGUGUGCACCGAGUGCGCCCCGACGCCCACCACGCUGACCGUCACGGUACCCGUGGAGCCCGCCCUCGAGGCCACCGGCGGCCCUAAUGCUCCCUCCAGUUCGACAGAGACCUACACGCUGAUUCCGAUCCCUGCCCACCCGACGUCAAGCCGUCCCCUAAUCCCGGGCGCCGGAGCCGGGAGUGCCCCACACUCGUCGACACUGGCAGUCCGGCCGUCGCCGAGUGGCUCUGCCCGUGCAUCUCAUGCUUGGGUGACGGUUGUCCCGAGCGGAACCCAGGUGGAGACGCCGGUGUUCACCGGUGCGGGUGUGCGGAGCGUGAGUUUGAGCGAAGGGGUGGCGGCGCUGGUAGUUGUGGGACUGAUGGUUUUUGCCGUGUUGUAAAGCUUCAAAUCAAAAUUAAUCGCAUCUUCCUUUCCAAGACCGUGGGACACCUUUUCUUUCUUAGCAUUGAUGCUGCUUGACCUUUUUCCCUUCCUCAAUUUUCUCACACCUUCACUCUAUCAUCAAAACCUAUUCGCUAGCAUGACACCAC